AUGGGAGCUUUUAUCUGGCACCAAUGGGCUCGUUAUGUCUCUCUCACCGCUGGAAUCUACGGCAUCUGGGCCGGAUUUUGGGGCAUCCUCUUCCGUAAAUUCUUCUGGGACUUUAUUGGCGGGAAACUACAAGCACCCGCGCCAGGUCAGCCUCCUUUCUCUGGAGGAAUGAUUACCGCUCCAAGUGCAGCGCCCUUCGUAACGAUCAUCGUCACAAUUCCACUUCUGCAAAUUAUCACGAUUAUCAUGUCUCUCAUUCUUGUUCUCCUCGAGUGGCCACUUCCGGUGAUGAAGAAACUUCCAAUUUAUAGGAGUUUGGUCUUCCGUGCCGUAUGGCUGCUACUCUUGGCCUUUGUUUCUGUUUUGUUCUAUCAGGGAACAAAUGUUGCUAUCUAUGGCUUGACAGCCGCCAUAGGCUACACUCGCGGACAAAUCAAAGGCGAGAUUAUGCAGGAAGCGAAAGAGAAUCGGGGGAACGGCGAACCUACCAAGGCUUAA